GCGCAACAGAAUGGCGUAUAUUCUGCUGAUAAUCUUCUCCCUGUGCGCUACAAUACGCGGACAAGAGACCAGAGAUCCAAUAUCUUUGGAUGAAUGCUGUAAGGAUGGUAAAGAGAAGGGCUUGGAAUCCCAGGACUGCACACGUAUCCCUCUCAUUUCAGAAUCGACUACCUGCAGGAUAGCCCAGGAACAGUGUUGUGCUGCAGUACUGGAGGACAGCAGCUGUAGUAAUGGUAUCAAUAUGGCCAAAGACCAGGGUAACUGUGAUGCCCUCCUGUCUGGAAGCACCUGUGACACUAAAACCACAAAGGUGUGUUGCGAUUGUUGUUUGCUGGGCAGGGCUGCUCAGGAGCAGGGUCUGACCUGUGACUUCAGCUUCUCGGUCAGCUACCAGUGUGGCCUGGUGUCCCGAGCUUGCUGUGUGGACAAAUCACCAGAGGGUGACAGUAACUCAACACAAGAGGACAGGCUUGCUACUGAGACGAACCGUGCAAGACCAGGUGAACAUUGCAAAGUUGGACCUGGACACUGCGCUCAGCGUUGUGUUGGAAAUAAUACAUGUGCCUGCUAUUCUGGAUAUAAGCUUAAACCAGAUGGAAAAAGCUGUGAAGACAUUAAUGAGUGUUUGCUGGGUUCUCAUAACUGCCGUACUGGUGAGCGCUGUAUCAACACUCAGGGCUUGUAUCGCUGCCAGAGGGAAGUCAGCUGUGGCACAGGCUAUGAGCUCACUGACAACAACAUCUGCAAAGAUAUUGAUGAGUGUGAGACGGCUACUCAUAACUGUCCAGUGGAAUUCGCCUGCCAGAACACGCCAGGUUCCUUCCGCUGCCGGCCUAAGGUGCAAUGCAGUGCAGGAUAUAUACAGGAUGCUCUGGGCAGCUGCAUUGAUAUCAAUGAGUGUCUUAGUGUGACAGGACCAUGUCCCGCCGGCCAGUUGUGCAUGAACACUGUUGGCUCAUACACCUGUCAGAGGAACUCUGUCAAUUGUGGCCGUGGCUACCACCUUAAUGCUGAGGGCACUCGUUGCGUAGAUAUUGAUGAGUGUGCUGAGCCAGGUAAUGUAUGUUCUGGCCAUGGAUGUGUUAAUUUUGUGGGCUCUUACCGCUGCUCUUGCAGAGCUGGUUUCAACUUUAACAGCAUCACCAAGGAUUGUGAGGAUGUCAAUGAAUGCAGACAUUAUCCUGGUCGCUUGUGUGCACAUAAGUGUGAUAAUAUUCUGGGGUCCUACACGUGCAGCUGCACCACAGGGUUCAAGCUAGCCAGUGAUGGAAGAAACUGUGAUGAUGUCAAUGAAUGUGAGAGCAGCCCCUGCAGUCAAGAGUGUGCCAACGUUUAUGGCUCCUACCAGUGCUACUGCCGCCGAGGGUACCAACUGAGUGAUGUUGAUGGAACUACUUGUGAAGAUAUUGAUGAGUGUGCUUUACCCACUGGAGGACAUAUCUGUUCGUACCGCUGCCACAACACACCAGGCAGCUUUCACUGCACAUGCCCCGCACAAGGCUACACACUUGCCUCUAAUGGACGCAGCUGUCAGGAUGUUGAUGAGUGCCUGACAGGGACACACACUUGUUCGCAGACUGAAAGCUGCUUCAACAUUCAGGGAGGAUUCAAAUGCCUAAAGUUCGAUUGUCCUCCUAACUACAGGCGAUCAGGUGAAAUCAGGUCGAGGGUUGAUCGCUCUGACACCAUCCGUUGUAUAAAGUCCUGCCAGCACAAUGAUGUUAACUGUGUGCUAGAUCCUGUUCACUCUGUCUCAGACACAGUUAUCUCUCUGCCAACCUUCAGAGAGUUCACCAAACCAGAAGAAAUUGUUUUCCUAAGAUCCAUAACUCCAUCCCACUAUGUGGAUUCCCCAGAGAUCGUCUAUGACAUUCAAGAGGGAAACAUCCAGAACGCCUUUGACAUCAUUAAACGCUUUGAGCACGGCAUGAUUGUGGGAGUUGUCAGACAGGUGAAGCCCCUUGUUGGCCCAGUAAGCACAGUUUUGAAGCUCGGCAUGAACUAUGUCACAAAUGGAGUCAUCUCUCAUCGGAACAUCAUCAACGUUCACAUCUUUGUCUCAGAGUUUUGGUUUUAAAUUGAUCAUAAUUGGCUAACAUUUUAGUUGUCUGCAUCUAAAGUUAAAAUAGACAGAAAUGUCAAACAGUUGCAUAACACAGGACAACACACAGGAAUGUAAUUAUAUAACAAUAUAACAUAUAGGCAGGCAGAGCACUAGAGUGUUACCACAGUUUAGAAAAUAAUAACUGGUCACACAUCUGUAUGUAACACAUUAAUCUAUAAAUGGGCACCUUAAAUAUGCUGUCACUUUGCUUCCUUUGUCUGAUAAAUACACAUAAGAAUAAGAUGAGUCAGUGAUAAACUUUGCAUGCCUUUAUUAUGUCUUAUAAACCACCAUGUUUAGCACUAUUGGUAAUGAAACACCAAUUUCUGCUCUGUUCUUUCAAAUAUUCAGGAUGGUAGACCAAGAUGAUUUUUAAAGGAACAGGUUGAUUACUUAUUUACUUGCUCUUGUGUAUACAGUUACUUCAAUCUUUAAAUUACUUCAUUAAUUCAUUUAUGUAAAACAAAAAUUUUAAACAAAUGUGUGAAGUUAUUAACACUCAAACAGUUGACAUUUAGUAGAAUACAAAAUAAUCUGUCUUAAAUCUAUUACAUUAAAAUACAUAUAAAAGUGUAAUGUAUUCAGAAUACAUUUAGAACACUAUUUUAAAUGCUAGAUGUGAUGCACCCGUCAUGCCAGUGCAAUAAACAUGUGGUGUCUGUUGUUCAUCGGAGGUCAGGUUUAAAGUGUAUGUGGUUUGGUCUUUUAGAGCCAGCCCAAAUGUAGCUAUAUAAAAAUAAAGUUUUUGGUCAAUAAAACAGCCUAAUAGACAAGCAGUACUGAAUACUGUAAGCCCAAAGUUGUUGUUUUUUUCACAAUGUCCAUAAU